CAGUAAUGCUGCAGCUGUAAAAGCAGGGAGAAGAGCCAAAGGUCAGUGAGUGGAGGAGGGAUCAGUUACAGGAAAAGGACAAAAAGAUGGCAGGUCAGACCAAGAGCCUGAGUCUGGGAGAUGAUUACUCCAGAUACCUGAAAUCAUUCGAGGUGUUCCUGGAGCGUUCGUCUGAACAACAAAGUAUGACGGACUUCAUCCAUAAUACACUUCCGGACAUCCUGACUACGUAUAUGUAUGUUGGGGCAGGAAAGUCCACUCUGAACGUGAUGGGAUUGGGAAGUGGAUCAGGUAAGAUCGAUCUGGAAAUCCUCUCUCAGCUGCACACUAAGUAUCCUGAGGCCAGCAUGGAGAACGAGGUGGUGGAACCCAGCGGAGACAUGUUGCAUAAAUAUAAAGAUUUAGUAUCAAAGAUGCCGGGCCUCGAUCACAUCACCUUCAGGUGGAAUCAGAUGACAGCGUCCGAGUUUGAGAGCGACUGGAAGCAGAGAAACACUGACAAGACGCUGGACUUCAUCCACAUGAUUCAGAUGCUGUACUAUGUAAAUGAUCCAGAGGCAACGAUUUCCUUCUUUCGAAGUUUACUACACAAAGAUGGCAAACUUCUCAUAAUCCUGGUCUCAGGACAGGGAGGGUGGAGCAAGUUAUGGAAGACCUACCAAGCUCAGCUUUGCAAGCCCGGCAUCAGUCAGUCCCUCACUGCUAGCGAUGUCAAGGACUUCCUCAAUACUAAUGGAAUCCCCUACCUGAGCUACACCCUCCCGUCUCAGAUGGACAUCACUGAUUGUUUCACAACUGGAGAUGAGAAAGGAGAGCUUUUGCUGGACUUCCUGACUGAGGUGAUGGAGUUCAGAAAAAAUGCUUCUCCAGAGCUGAAGGCUGGAGUGCUGGAGCUCCUCAGACACCCCGAGUGCAGCCAAGAGGUGGACGGCAGGGUCAUAUUCAACAACAACCUUGAGGCCUUAGUGCUCAACCCAUAGUGCUAAAGAUUUUUGUUAAAUGAAUCUGUCCCUUGCUGACUGAUGUUAGUUGUAAUUGCUUUUAACUUGUUUAUCCAACAAUAAAUAUGGAAUGAUUGGCCUACAAA